CUCGUCUCCAGUCAUUUCUAACACGCUGAGGACAGAAGACACACACACACGCGCGCGCCCUCUGUUCCUCCUCAUCAUGGAAACUGUGUUCCGUUUCUCUGCGUCUCUCCGGUACUUUUCCGUUUCUCUGCGUCUCUCCGGUACUUUUCCGUUUGUCGUCCUGAGCCGCCGCUGCUGCCGCUGCUGCCGCUGCUGCUGCCGGUGAAAAGAACUUCUGUGCUCGGGUGAAUGUGUCCUGUUUUCCCUCCUCUUUCAUCUUCUUGUGCUGCUGUUACAAAGACGCAAACCUGCGCCGUGUGAGCAAACUGCUGCUGCGCGAGCUCUUUUAUGUUUGAUGUAUUGUUUGGAUGGAUCGUUUCGAAUCGAUGGUGAAUGAGCUGAAGUCAAGCUGGUAGUGAAGGCACUGGACUUGUUCUCCCCUACACCCCAAGCCGGACACAACAUGGCGGCGGGAGUAGCGGCAUGGCUUCCUUUCGCCAGGGCGGCAGCUAUCGGCUGGAUGCCCGUAGCCAAUCUGCCCAUGCCAGUGGCACCGGCUGAGAAGAGCAAGCGGCAGGACGAGCUAAUCAUCCUCAAUGUGAGUGGACGACGCUUCCAGACCUGGAGGAACACGCUGGACCGGUACCCGGACACACUGUUGGGCAGCUCGGAGAAGGAGUUCUUCUUUAACGAGGAGACCAAAGAGUACUUCUUCGACCGGGACCCUGACGUGUUCCGCAGCGUGCUCAACUUCUACCGCACUGGGAAGCUCCACUACCCGCGGUACGAGUGCAUCUCCUCUUACGACGAGGAGCUGUCCUUCUUUGGCAUCGUACCAGAGAUCAUCGGUGACUGUUGCUACGAAGAGUACAAGGACAGGAAGCGGGAGAACGCAGAGCGCCUCAUGGAUGACCAGGAGGACAACAAGGAUGCUAAGCUGCCCAACAUGACCUUCAGGGAGACCAUGUGGCGGGCCUUUGAGAACCCCCACACCUCCACUAUGGCUCUUGUCUUCUACUACGUCACCGGCUUCUUCAUUGCUGUCUCUGUCCUCACCAACGUGGUGGAGACGGUGCCCUGCGGCUCUGUGCCCAACCAAAAGGAAGUACCAUGUGGUGAGCGUUACACCGUGGCCUUUUUCUGCAUGGACACUGCCUGUGUCAUGAUCUUCACCGUGGAGUACCUGAUGCGCUUGUUUGCUGCGCCCAGCCGCUACCGCUUCAUGAGGUCUGUCAUGAGCAUCAUUGACGUGGUGGCCAUUCUGCCCUAUUACAUCGGCCUGGUGAUGACCGACAACGAGGAUGUGAGCGGUGCCUUUGUGACGCUCCGGGUUUUCCGCGUCUUCCGUAUCUUUAAGUUCUCCCGUCACUCGCAGGGCCUGCGAAUCCUGGGCUACACACUGAAGAGCUGCGCCUCGGAGCUGGGCUUCCUGCUCUUCUCCCUCACUAUGGCCAUAAUUAUCUUUGCUACGGUGAUGUUCUACGCAGAGAAGGGUUCAACCUCCAGCAAAUUCACCAGCAUCCCAGCCUCCUUCUGGUACACCAUUGUUACUAUGACAACACUGGGGUAUGGAGACAUGGUUCCUAAGACGAUCGCGGGAAAGAUCUUCGGCUCGAUCUGCUCUCUGAGUGGAGUGCUGGUCAUCGCUCUGCCCGUCCCCGUCAUCGUGUCCAACUUCAGCCGCAUUUAUCACCAGAACCAGAGAGCAGACAAGAGGCGGGCACAGAAAGUACAGAAAGCUCGUCUGGCCAGGAUACGAUUAUCAAAGAAGGGAAGCUCCACCGCCUUCCUGCACAGCAAACGCAACGGACUCUUCAACGAAGUUCUGGAGCUGACGCACCUUCCGUACAAGAUGAACCUCUCAGAUCAGAGUUCCACUGAGGAGGAGCAGCAGUUGAGUAAGUCGACGUCUCUGUUAGAGAGCCAACAUCACCACCUGCUGCACUGUCUGGAGAAAACCACUAACCACGAGUUUGUGGACGAGCAGUAUUACCAGCAGAGCUACCUGGAGGCGGGGCUCCAGAACUACUCCUCGCAAAGCCCCUCCCUCUCCAGCCAGGAUGGCGUGACGGGCACGUGCUGCACCCGCCGAAGCAAGAAGCACCACACCCCCUUACCAAACGCCAGCGGCCCCGCCCACAUGCCACCGCUGAGACACGCCCACCCACGUGGUCUGCAGGAGCUCAGCACCAUACACAUCCAACCACUCAGCACCAGUCGCUCCAGUCUGAACAUGCGCGUGGACGACGCGGCGCAGCUGAACUGCCAGAGCAGCAAGAUCACCACGGCGAUCAUCAGCAUUCCCACGCCGCCAGUAACCACCCCCGAGGGCGACGCCCACCUGCCCGUGGGCCCCGCCCACCAGAACGUUGUGAAGGUGUCUGCGCUGUGAAGACAUGAAGAAUUUAAGGAGAGAAAAGACUCCCGGAGACAGACUGAGGGACAGACUGAGGGACAGAGGAGGACUGAGGAGGACUGAGGACGAUGAUGAUGAUGAUGGUUCCUAGUCUUAGCUGUGGUGGAGCCUGCCCUCUGCUGGUCGAGCGCUGCGAUGGCAUGGACUCUCUGUGCAGACAGAGGACGGCUUUCAGAAACAGUGUCUUCAUGUUAGUGGUCGGCCUGCAUGUGAGCGCGAGUGUGUGUGUGUGUGCGUGUGUGUGCGUGUGUGUGUCUGAGACGAGUGUGUCACCGUGCCCCCCCUCCCCCCCCCCGGGUUUUGGACUCUCCCCUGUCUGGUGUUUUUUCAGCAGAAGGAACCAAAUCUUUCCUCCUCUCAGUUUUCCAUGUGUUUGUCGGUGAUAAAUGUGUGUGCUAUGUGUGUGUGUGUGUGUGUGUGUGUGUGUGUGUGUGUGUGUGUGUGUGCGUGUGUGUGAGUGUGUGAGUGUGUCUCAGUGGAUUUUAAAUGUUGGGGAAGUCUCCGUGUGUGAAAGUGUUUCCUGUCAGAAACCCUCGGCUCGGAGCCUUUUACACGACAUGUGCCUGAGUUUAAAGAUUCAUUUGUUUUCGUAGUUUUCAGACGGACCUCGCGUUACGUAACUUCAAUUCUCAACAAGAAGAAAACAUCCCAUAAUCACCGCAGCUGAAAGCACACGGCGUUCGCCGAGAGUUUCUGACACAAACGUUUCCCGUGAACUAUUUGUGAAUAUUGUUCAUAGAAUAUUUUGUAAUAUUUGACAUUGUUUGGCAGAACCAGUGAAGCUGUCUCUCUCUCCCACUGUCUCUCUCUCUCUCUCUCUCUCUCUCUCUCUCAGUGUUGUCCUGUUGUCUCUCGCCCUCCUGUGUGAACAACACUCUGCUUUCAGUCUUUAUAGUCGUCAGUGUUUUUUCUUCCUCACACUCAGCGCCUUUUUCCAAACUGUUGGGUAAGUGUGUGUGCGUGUGUGUGUGCGUGUGUGUGUGUGUGUGUAUCAGGGGCCUUUUAUGCCAGCACACUAUACUAAAACGUCGCCUACGCUGUAUAAAGACUGAAAAACAGGCGUGCGAUACACGUGCGUACAGGCAUGUGUAUUGUGAGUACACCAAAUAAUGAAGGGUGACGGGUGAUAAGGGUCAGGUCACGUGAGAACGCAGCGGACGCCUGUGCGCACGCUCGUCUCAGUGUACAAAUAAUGAUUUACUUUAUGAUGACGAAUUUCACUUCACAAUUCAAGCAGUCCAUGUGUUACCAAGAGAGACAGUUGUGACAGUUGAGGCUAUUUCAGUCACACGUGCACACCUUUGCAGCGUCUGCGUGACGCCUACGUGACGCCUACGUGACGCCUGCGUGACGCCUACGUGACGCCCGUCUGUCCAUUGAAAGUGAAUGAAUGUACACGCACACAUUAGAGGUUUGAUGUCAUCACAAAGACACUGUACACGCGUUUUUAGUAUAGUGUGUUGGCAUUAAAUGCCCCUGAUAGCGUGUGUGCGUGUGUGUGUGUGUGUGCGUGUGUGUGUGUGUGUGUACUCUUUGUGGUAAUAGGAAACUUGAUGUUUGUACUUUUUGUCUUUCUUGAUGUUUUUUCCCUUAAAAAAAAGAGAUUCUCUUCACUUUGUCUUCUUGAGAACUUUUAUGGAGGGAUGGCUGUUGUCAUGGUGACCAUAGAGACACAAGGCGCUGGGGGGCGGGGCAUCGGCCUGUUAGUAUUUAGUAUCAAAGUUGACCUUUGUAAGUGUGGACGUUGACCUUUGAUGUCGAUUCCUCCAGUCCAGCAGCUCCACAGAGUCCAGUCCAGGUUUUCAGUAGACGAGAUCAUGGACUAUCGAGGAUAAAAUGGACAAGGUCAAGGAGUCAGUCGAAAUAUACUGUAUAGCCACUAGGGGGCGAAUAAGCUUCUACUUCUCACUUAAUGUGAGGUGUGAAUGCUAUUCUGAAAAUGAUGUUCCCAUGUCGAGUAAAUAGACCAUAAUAUGUCACAAAUAUGAGCGGACGCCAGUGUAAGUGACAGCUGGUGUCGUCCAGUAGGAGCCUGGCUGGACGUCAAAACUCUGAAGGCGUCACAACAGGAGUUCGGGUUCUUAUCAUGACUUGACAACAUACAUAUAUAUAUAUGUAUAUAUACAUACAUAUAUAUAUAUACAUAUAUAUGUACGUAUAUAUGUAUGUAUAUAUACAUAUAGGUGGUUUGAUGUUUCUGCAC